GUCCAAUAACAGAGAGAGAGUCAGUGCAGCUUGAUCAUUUGAAAACAGCUGGUAAAUUGUUCUGCUCUAAUGAACAACGAUCCGAGCAAUACCAUGGCAACAGAGGGUGAGCCAACGGACUUGGUGAAGGUGUUGCACCUCCUGGUGCUUUCUUUCACCUGGGGGAUGCAGCUCUGGGUCUCCUUCAUUGCUGGUUUUGCACUGGUCCAGCAGGUAACCCGGCAUACGUUUGGCCUGGUCCAGAGUAAGCUCUUCCCUGUUUACUUCUACUGCCUGCUGGGGAGCAACUUCGUCAGCCUGGCCUUGUAUGCCGUGUACCACCCGAGAGAGUUGCUGGACUGGCAUGAAAGUCUGCAGAUGGGUCUGUUCUUUGUGUCGCUGGUCAUGGCCGGCCUGAAUGCCCGCUGGUUCGGCCCGGCGGCUACAGAGGUGAUGUUCCAGAUGAGGGAGGUGGAGGAGGAGCAUGGCUUGGGGAACCAGAUUGGUCUGAGCAGCGAAAGGGAGGCUUUUGCCAAGCUCAAGGAGCAGGACCCCAAGUACAAAGCCUUUAAGAGUUUGUUUGGACGUUACCAUGGGUUGUCCAGCCUCUGCAACCUCCUAGGGUUCAUCUGCAUCACAGUUAAUCUGAUCUACACAGCUCUGAAUUUAUCCACCAUUUAGAUUAAGAUUAAAUUAGCAGCGUUUGCAGUCUUCAGACUUCCUGAAGAUGUAGAAAUAUUCAAUAUCCCUGGAAAAGUAUCUGAAGACUAAAACAUAAUUAUAGUGUUUUAGAUUUUUGCUUGUGCUUGAGAGUUUUUUUUAUGGACUGAGAUAAAUGUGUACAUGACUUUUUAAGUUUAACCACAAAAUCAGUUUUGCAUUGCUUCAUAAGUGUCUUUAUUUGCAAGUUUUCCUUCGUUGCCAAUAAGCACCCGGACAGCUCUUCAUGUAUGUUCAUCUAUCUGGCUGUUGGUGAAGAACUUGUAAUUGAAAUUGAAAUAGCUUUAUUUGUCCCGACACAACAAAAUUACAUCAUUAAUCAUGUGUGUUGGAUAAUGUAUCUCAUAAGGGAGGUUGUGUUUUCAUAUUUAUAUAUUUGUACUUGGUUUGGUUGGUAGUGUUUAAUUACAGAAGAGUAUUAGGGCCAUGCACGAGAAAAAAUAUUUGAGAGGAGAAGUUUUUUUUUUUUAUUGUGUACUUCGAGAAAAAAGUCGAAAUGUCGAAAAAAAAGUUGAAAUGUCGAGAUUAAUGUUGAAAUACAAUUUUUAGAAAAAAGUCGAAAUUUCGUGAAUAAAGUCAGAGUUUCGAGAAUAAAGUUGAAAUACAUUUUGACUUUUUUCUCGACAUUUCAACUUUUUUCUCGAAGUGCAUAAUGAAAAAAAAUCUUCCAACCCUAAAAUAUUAUUUUUAUUUUUCUCCUGCCUGGCCCUAAUACUCUUCCGUAGUUUAAUAUAUCACAAUCCCACUUUACAUUGUCUUUUUUUUUAUUAUUCCUUAACUUCUUGUUUGGGGUGCAGUUCUGCCUGUUUCCCAGCAGAGGGCGCAGUUUAGACCGAAUCUUCAGUGAUCUUACUGCACACAGCACUGCAGACUGCAUUUUUAUUGUACAAUGUUGGAUGUUGUAUUUUUGGUUUCAUUGUCAUCACUCUACUUAACACUGUGAUUGAGAGAUUAAACAGCACCUGCCAUG